AUGGCGGCUUCCAUGAGUGUUGCCAACGCCGCCGCUAGCGGAGAUCUGACAUUGGUAAAGGAACUACUAAGAAAAGGUUGCUCUCCCAAUGAACGCUCCAAGGAUGGAAUGACUCCAUUAGCUGUAGCUGCUUUCUGGGGAUAUGCAGAAAUCGUGGAAGUUCUGCUUGAGUGCAGAGCAGAUAUAAAUGUAUGUAACAACAACACCUUUUGGACAGCUUUACAUUGUGCUGCCUUCCAAGGUCAUGGAAAGGUCAUCAUGAAAUUAAUGGAUUAUAAACCUGACCUCUAUUUGAAAGACAAUCAAGGGAGGACAGCUGUUGACUUUGCUUCAGCACUGGAUGCAAUUUGGCCAUUUUUUGCAGCUGCUGGAUGUAAAAGAACAACUAAAGGAGACCUCAUUCGAAUGGAUAUUGUAAAAAAGGUGUCUGAAGAUCCAGCUAAUGUUAACCCAUCUAUACAUAGUAUACAACAGUCUGAUUUUGCUCACUUUUCACGACCUGGGUCAGCAUAUGUAAUGAAAGCUCAGCCUUACCGAGGACAAACAAGUUACACAGACUCCAACAUGGCUAUGGCCUCUGUGACCGGAGAUGUGCUGGCAGGUACACCAGAAUUACCACAGAGCAACAGCCGCGCGACCAUCCCUUCCUUCUCAUUGUGGCAGCACUGA